AUGGGCCCCUGUACCGCCUCCUCUUGCUGCUGCCAGGCCUGUAAUCUGCCAUGGGCCCCUGUACCGCCUCCUCAUGCUGCUGCCAGGCCCGGUAAUCUGCCAUGGGCCCCCGUAACCGCCUCCUCAUGCUGCUGCCAGGUCCACAGUGUCUCAUGGGUUCCCUUACGGCCUCCCAUUGCUGCUGUCUCCAAUCGCCACACUCUGCCAUGUGCCACUUUCAGGUCUCCUCACACUGUCUGGUGGGUUCCCAUUUUGUCAUAGGGGUUGCUGUACGGACCUCCCAUUGCUGCUGUCUCCAUCGCCACACUCUGCCAUGUGCCACUUUCAGGUCUCCUCACAACUCCUGUUGGUUCCAUUUUGUCAUAGAGUGCUGGCAUAUUACGGGCUCCCUGAUAGCUGCUGCAGGCCCCUAAUCUGCCAUGGCACCCCGUUACAGCCUCCUCAUGCUGCUGCCAAGGUCGCAUAUCUGCUCUCAUGGUACCCUGAACUGUAC